UGGGAUAUUUUGCCGUGGCGGAUAAAACCCAGCGAGGCCGCCCGCGCCACGGAUAUCUUCGCCGCCCGCUGCGUCGCGAGCUCGCCAUGGCUCUCCCCCUCGCCCGCCUCCUCCUCCCCGCGCUCCCGGCAUGCCAGUGCCAGCCACCGCUCCGCCUGCGCUUCCCCGAGCGCCACGUCGCUCCUGCCGCCGCACGUUCCCGCGGCCACCGCGGCGCCUUCGCUGCCCGUGCGGCCGCUAGUGCCCCUGCGGCCCCGGCCCCCGCGGCGCCGGAGGCGGAGGAGCAAGUGGGGCCAAGGACACGGCUCGUCGCGCAGAACAUCCCGUGGGACUACACGGGCGACGACAUGCGCGCGCUCUUCGAGAAGCACGGCUCCGUCGUCGGCGUGGAGCUUUCAAUGUACAAUGCCAGUAAAAACAGAGGGUUGGCGUUUGUAACCAUGGGUUCAGAAGAGGAGGCUCUUGCAGCUCUCAACAAUCUCAAUUCAACUACUUUAGAUGAUAGAAAGAUCAAGGUGGACUUUGCGAGACCUAGAAAGAAGCAACCUAAGCAAGUUAAGCAACCUGUUGUGGUAUCAGAUAGCACGGAAAAGUAUAUUCUGUUUGUCGGAAAUUUGACAUGGAGAGUCAGAAAUCGUCACCUUCGCGAACUAUUUGCCUCGGCCCCAGGUGUCCUAUCAGCUGAAGUUAUCUUUCAUACCACUACGCCAAGGCGAUCUGCUGGUUAUGCAUUUGUUUCUUUUUCUUCAAAAGAGGCUGCAGAGGCUGCCAUAUCUUCUUUAAAUGGACAGAAAUUGAUGGGACGACCCAUUAAUGUGAUGUUCAAAGAAGAAAGUGCUAAAAAGAAUGAAUCUUCUGUCCCAAAGGAAGAGGAGGCCGAGGAGGAAUCAUCUGAGCAGAGUGAUAGCUAAACACUAACUUUUCAGAGAAUCAAGAAAAGUGAAAUGAAUUGAUCUGUGGUUACAUAUAUUCUGACCCAUGGACAUGGUAUUUCUUUUUCAGCAGUAGUUAUAUCUUUUGUUUUAUUUAUCUCUAUUUAUUCCAUGUACAUAUUGGUUUACCAAGAUUGGAAGUUGUUUUCCAUGUGAGAAAUGAAACAGCCUCCUUAACAUGUUAUUGUUGAUUACAUGUCUGUUUAUUUAUGCCGAACC